UGCCCGUAUUGUUGGUCCUGGGUAGGUGGAGAUAAUCUCCAUACAGCGUCAGUUCCGUGUUGCCACCAAUGGAGACUCCUUUUGGAGCGGUGCUUGGAGCACUGAUAAUAACCGCCCUCACCGAAAUAGCUUGUGGACAAGGCAAGAUGACAGGUUGUCCAGGUCGUGAGGUAUGCUCUACAGACUGUGAGUACGGCUACGUCAUGGACGGCAGAGGUUGUCCUACCUGCACGUGCCUGCCACGGUGGUGUCCUAAAUACGUGUGUCCAGCAUGUCCAGGAAGGGGGUUCCAGACGGACCCAGCCACGGGGUGCCAGACAUGCGCCUGUAAAGAUGUGUGUCUGCCGGUGAAGUGUCGGCGGAGGUGCACGUAUGGUCACGUUGUCAACGCGAGCGGGUGUUUCACCUGUCAGUGUAAAACCGGGACAUGGCAGAGAGAUCCUGCGGCGCCCAUGGAUCCUGAUGUCCUGGACACCAUGAUGGACAUGAGAGAGGCGCGAGUCAGCUUGUCGCCGUAGUUAGCAGGCCACCAUAUCUACUGCACUCAACACCUGGUGCCCAGGAGAUCAGGUUCUAGCAGGGAUAGAUGUCACGUGGUUCACAUCGUCAAGACGACCACCUAGAGAUGUACUUGUGUUGCAAGCAAAUAAUUUGUCCAAUAAUUAAUAUAUAUCUUACCCAAUUCUCCCCCCUACCCCCCGCGCGCCUCACCCCUUCCCUGCAACCUCUACACACCGCAUCUCGCACAACACCCAACACCACACACUCAGCUCUACACCACACACCACAUCUCGCACAACACCCAACACCACACACUCAGCUCCACACCACACACUCCACUGUACAUAAGUGCAUUGUUGUACUGUAAUUAAUUACCAUCAUUU